AUGUAUCACCCCAUUCCAUUACCCUUUUUUAUGAAGGAGGACAAUGCUGUUAUCAUUGAGCCAGAGAUUGAUUAUAUAGCUUUUAGCGAUGAUAGCGAAUUCUAUUUCACCUUGACUCAACAACAAAGUGAUUCUUGUACUAGGCUAACUUCAUACACUAUUUGCAAAGGCAAUGAACCAAUUCAACGAAGGGCAUCCUCUAAAAUGUGCGAGGUAGAAAUCUUAAAAAAUCCGCAAUUUCUUCCGAUUUCAUGUAAAAGUAAAUACAUAAAACUUGAUGUAAGCAUUUGGAACCGAUUAUUUAAAACGGAUUCUUGGAUUUAUUGUACUCGUUCUGAAUUUGUAACCCUAAAUUGUAAAAACCCUCAAAAAUCAUUCCAGUUUAAUAUUAAAGGCAUUGGCCGACUUAGUAUCUCUCCUUCUUGUAUACUACACACAACUAUGGCAAUAAUGUCACCUAUCUUAAACACAUUUAUUAACCAUACAUUAGAUUUAGUACCGGAAAGUCCGUUGUUUAAUAUAAGUAACAUCAAGGAAUUAGAUAUAGAAGAUAUUAAUCCCCAUACACUCAGUCAUUUUGGUUUAUAUAAAAAUCUCCGCCAAGCAAUACGUGAAUCCACAAUAGAACGAAAAUCGAAUAAUAGAAUAACAGAAAACAUUUUAAUAGUUCCAAUGGAAUAUCAUAUUAUUGUAGAAUAUCUUUGUAUUUUAAUAGUAGUAAUAGUUAUCGUAUUUUUAUUUGUAAAAUCAAAAAAGCAAAAAACCUAUGUUUAUAAGCCAGAAAUAGCAGAAACUGAAUGUUAA